AUGAAAACACUCAGACCGAUUGCCAAUUCUAGUCGCAAUACUACUCUUAUCGAUUACCGCGAGAAAUUAGUUCCUAAUCCACAAAAGACUCCUCGGCAACUUUUCAAAAUAAUUCAGUCCCAAUCUGGACGUAAUAACCAAGGAAAGAUUACUACUCGACACCAAGGAGGAAGACACAAACGUUUUUACCGAAUUAUUGAUUUCAAACGCUAUGAAAAGGACAAUGUAGAAGGAAAAGUCAAAAGUAUCGAAUAUGACCCUAACCGCAACUCUUUCAUUUCUCUCAUAAGUUAUCAAGAUGGGAGUUUUGCUUUCAUCAUUGCCCCCGAAGGGUUAAAAGUUAAUGAUAAAGUUAUGAGCGGAGAAAACGAAAACAUUCCCUUGCGAGUAGGAAAUAAUUUGCCAUUACGUUAUAUUCCGGUUAACACUCCGAUUCAUAAUUUAGAGUUAAAACCAAAAAAAGGCGGACAAUUAAUUCGAGGAGCCGGCACUUAUGCGGAAAUAAUUGGUAAAGAAGAAAGUAAUAAUUAUGUAUUA